AUGACAAAAUCAGGCACAAAGCACAGAAUUUGUUCUUGGGCCUCUUCAGUUUCUUCUCUCCUGGCAAGCUGCAGCCUGAGUGGUAGUGGCUCCUCCAAUUCUGACAGCUCUUUUUGGUUUCAGGGCAAACUGUACCACCCUGCUUCUGAGGCUCUGCAGGCCUAUAUUCAUGAUUUCAAUCUAAGCAGAAUACAUCUUGCCACAAGCACUGGCAAAAUAAACAUCAGCAAAGGUUCUGUUACUGUGCCAUGAUUUUCCAGCUACAGGCACAAACCAAACAAUGGAUUAUUUGAAAAUCUUGAUCACAGACAGCACUCACACUCCUUAUCUUGUAGAAUAGAGAUUAAUGACAUGGACUCAAUUAGCCUAACAAUGGAGAAUUUGUUAAGACUUCCAGGAGAUGGAUCCUUUUCUUUCACUCAUGUUAAACCUGGUUAUCGACCAAGCAAGAAAAACAAGAAAUACACUGGAAGUGAGAGACCUAAAUUGGAUUCAUUGGACAUUAAAAAGAAUCCAAAUUUUCAAUCUCAAAAGCCAUUUAGUGGUGACAAAAUUGAGUUACUUAUCCUGAAGGCCAAGAAAAAAAAUCUCAAGCAGUGUACUGAAGACUUACCAAAGCCUAUGACUAAGGAUGAUAGCCUUUGCUCACUAGAUAAAGUCAAAGCAUAAAUUUCAUGGGAAAAUGUUCCUGUUACUUUCAAAUCUCCUGUCCCUGUUAAUGCUGAUGAUAAUCCUCAACCAAGUUCAAGGGAAAUGUGCAUAAAAGAGGUUCUUGAAGAUUUUUAAAAUAAUGAUAAUCAGAGCUCUAUCCUAUCUGGAGGCAAACACCAUGGUCUUGUGGAAGCCUUGAAACAAACGUCAUUUAACCUUCAAGCAGUACAAGAAAGUUUUAAUCAUAAUAAAACUACAGAAACAAAAGAAGAGAUUAAGCAAGUUUUAGAAGAUGAUUUCUCUAAAUUACAGUUGAAGGAAAAUAUAAUUCCUAUUACUAAGUCUCUUCAAAAGGCUUUACAGCAUUUAUCUCACCCGAGUGACCUGGUUGAUGACAACAGUGGGAGGCAGUCACUAAAAAUGUGA